AUGGAAUGCAUUCACUCGUUAGCUACAAGGUUCCAAACAGUCACCCUCGAAACCCCUUCCCAUACACCCUACUCUCUCGAUCAUUUUCCUAACGAACUUCUCUUUGCUAUUCUCUCUUACAUAAACCCACCCAAUAAGCUCUGGAUUCUGCGAAGAGUGAAUAAAAGAUGGAAAUUAAUUUGCCAACGAAUUACUUACACUAUCACUCGCAACUAUUUCGAAUCACGACCUACUUGUAUACAAAUGAUCGUCUGUGGAAUAGCAAGGACUGUGUCUUACCACGAUAAGCCGAUAAGCAUGAAUAUGAAAGGAAUGACUGAUGAAGGGAGAAUAGUAUUUGAGAUAAAGACGGCCAAACAAACUUUCAGGUUGUAUAGGAAAUCUAAAUUGGCAUUGGCCAUCCGCAGGAAAUGCUAUGCGAGCGGAGUACAACCAUCAUCCAAAGAACAUAGAGAUUUAUUGAGGCUAACCACCAAGCACUCUAUAAAUUCCCCGUUGGGCUACGUUUUAGAGUAUAGCACCAGCGAUAACAGAGAUAUGUCUCGUACACGGGAGUUCUUUUGGAAGGAUGUUAGUGUGCUCCACUUUGCUGCAACCCCUGCAUUAAUAAUGACUCAUUCAUUCUAUGAAGAAACGUCAUCUUGA